AUGCCUUCUUCCUUUCCUUGCGCUAUUUGCGGUGCAGCCUUGACUGGCAACACCUUUGAAUACCAAACCCACAUGACGAAAUCCCACUGGUCUGGUGCUAACAACUCAUUCCCUCUGCCCUCUAUCUUCACCAGCAGCUCGAUGCCCAGUCCUACUUUACACCCCUGCUUCUUCUGCGACACUGCUUUCUACAACAUCCAUCACAUUGCUAGUCACAUGAUUACCUCCCACGGCUCUGAUUUACACUCUAUCUUAUGCCCAAAGGCUGGAGAUGACUCUAUUCGUGAGUCUGUCUCUGCGUUUCUAAAUGACUUUGCUGCUUCUGGGGCUGCGUUUGUUGGUCUUUGCGAUUGUUUUCCUGGUCAUGCUUGUCACACUGAUGAGUCUGUUGUGGCUUAUGAUUCUGGCAUUGGAUCUCCUGUCUCUGGUACGUCUACUCCUUCUCCUUCUCCUUCAAACAUUACCCCUAGAGUUGCUGAGUUUUUUGCUGCUGUAGGCAUUAAUCCUGCUUCGUUUGGCGAGCGUGUUUAUCUCUACCCUUUUGAGGCCAUCUAA